AUGUUGGGGGUGAUGUGGAGGGAUGGGCUGGUUCCGGGGAGGAAGGAUCCAGUAAAGGCAGAACUCGGCGAAUACAAGUUCGCCGUGACCGCCUUUGACAUCGCGGUGCGGUACGGAUCCCCGUUCGAAGCUCAUUUCUACCUUGGCAAGCUCUUUGCCCACUCGUUCUAUGAGUACGGCGCGGCGGGGCACAUCGACGUUGCCCGCGAGACAUGCGAGAGCGCGCGCGCGGUCUUCAAGAAUGUCGCCGAGCGCGGCACGUUUUUGAACGCGGACGUGCUCAAUCCCGGCGAAGUGUACGGAAUCGGUUCCAGCAGGGACAUCCUCGGCGAGGCGGAGGAGCUGUGGAGGGGGAGCGAGAUUGGGCAGAAUAAUCUGGCGUAUGUGCUUGAUCAGGACAUAUCGCUGCUUCGCCACGCUCGCCCGGCUACAUCUCCCAUCCUUGGCGGUUCGCCGAACGAGAGCGCACGCAUCGCCCUUACGCAGUGGACGCGCAGCGCCGGCCAGCGUAAUAUUGACACACUCGUCAAGGUUCGCUUCAAGAAGGCGGUGGUGUACUACCAUGACGCGGCGGACGAGGCGAGUGCGCUGGCGAUGUGGAAUCUCGGGUGGAUGUACGAGAAUGGUGUCGGGGACUUCCAUCUUGCGAAACAGCAUUAUGACCAAGCAAUUGCGACGAACAGCGAGGCGUACCUCCCUGCGAUGCUUUCAAACGCCAAGCUCUACGCUCGUAGCUUGUGGCUAACCAUUCGUGGCGGCGGCGAGAGCAUGAAUCUCUUCCUUGCAGAAGAAAAACUCAAUGAAGCAGCACACGACGAGCACGAAAAAGCCGAGGUAGCCGACCGCGCCCAGCGCGAGCAGCAGCAACACCAAGCUCAAGAGCUUCUCGAGGAUGAGGACACCGGUAGUUGGUGGCACAUGGGCAAAGCGCGCGAUGACUUCCACAAGCGCCGGCGCUAG